UAAACGGACUCUGUCUCGCGCUCUCCCUCUCUCUCCUAUGAGGAGACACAAACCGGAGACGCUGUACGCGAGGUCCCGGGUUACCUGUCCGCGCGCUCACCUGGCCGCCUGCGUGAGUCUGUGUGUGUUUCCACGGCCCAAAACUACAGAAGAAGAAGAAGAAGAAGAAGGAGGAGGAGGAGGAGGAGGAGAAGUGGGUCGGAGUUGUUCAGUAGUUUUCCCCUCGCGCUCCGGAGGGUCUUGGAGUGAACAUGGAGCGGACUGGAAGUUUCCUGCUGACCGCGGCUCUCCUUCUGCUCUCACCGGGACUAACGGGCGCGCGCGCAGACACCUUCAAAGCCUGUCUGUCAGGACAGUCUCCAGACUGUACACUGGUCCAGUCCAAAGAAGACGACUUCGACUGGGAGCAGGGAGACACCAGAGACCGUCCGUCAAGCAACCCCUGGAUCCCUGCAGGUUCCUCCUUCCUGUUUGUCAACACGUCAGGUCGGUACAGCGGUCAGCGAGCUCAGCUGCUGCUGCCGCCACUCAAAGAGAACGACACCCACUGCAUCAGCUUCCUGUUUUACCAGGCGGGAGGCCGCGAGGGCAUCGCACCUGCCACGCUCAACGUCUACAUCAAAGAAAACAACAGUCCUCUGGGCAUUCCAGUGUUUAACUCAUCUGGCCCCGCCUACCACAUCUGGAAGGGGGUGGAGCUUGCUGUGUCUACGUUCUGGCCCAAUCACUACCAGGUGGUGUUUGAGGCGGUCAGCACCGGGCAGAGAGGAGUCCUGGCCAUCAAGGACAUCACACUGCAGGGACACCAGUGCAUGAGCACGCCGCACUUCCUGCACAUUAAAGGCGUGGAGGUGAACGCGGGGCAGACGGCGGCGUUUCACUGCACCAUUAACGGACAACCGCAGAGCAACCUCCUGCUCUACCUGCAGGGUAUGGGUGGUCGACAGGCUGUUGUCAAGGAAACCAAGCCUCUGAAUCCUCGGCGUUACUUGGCAAGUUUCGACGUGGAAAACACGACGAAGGGAGAUUCCGGACGUUACCGUUGCAUCGCCCAAUCAGAGAGAGGUGUGGGUGUGUCUUCCUACGCUGACCUCACUGUCAAACAGCCCCCCGUACCGAUCGCCCCUCCUCAGCUGACAGCAGUUGGUGCCACUUACCUGUGGAUCCAACUUAAUGCCAACUCCAUCAAUGGAGACGGGCCGAUCAUUGAGAGAGAGGUGGAGUACCGGACCAUGGCGGGCAUGUUGAUAGACAGAACACCCGUUGAUAAGCCCACCCACAAGAUUGGACACCUGGACCCAGACACAGAGUACGAGAUCAGCGUACUGCUCACCAGGCCCCUGGACGGAGGCACAGGAAACCCCGGGCCACCGCUCAGAGCCCGGACCAAGUGUGCAGAUCCAAUGCACGGCCCCCGGCAUCUCGAAUUCGUCACCAUUCAGUCCAAGCAGGUGACGGUUCGUUGGGAACCAUUUGGAUAUAAUGUGACUCGCUGCCAUAGUUACAACUUGACGGUGCAGUACCGCUACAGACCUGCAGGGACCCUAAGCCGGGAACCGGUGAAGGAGGAGAUGCGGGAGGAAGAGGUGGUGUACGACACACUGAGCACUGUGCAGCAGCAUACUGUACGCAAUCUUCCGCCAUUUACCAACGUCAGCCUGAGACUCGUCCUGAGUAACCCGGAAGGUCGCAAGGAGAGCGCAGAGCUGCUGGUGCUGACGGACGAGGAUGUUCCUGGAGCCAUCCCCGUGGACUCCAUCCUCGGCAGCAGCUAUGAGCAACAGAUUAGUCUGAGCUGGAGGGAGCCGCUGCAGACCUAUGGCCUCAUCCGGCAGUAUGAGAUUUCCUACAAAGCGUUGAGCUCAUUCGACACUGAGUUCGACCUGUCCAAUCAGAGCGGCAAGGUGUUCAAACCAGCCAAUGAGACGAGCCACGUGUUCACUGGCCUCUAUCCAGGCUCCACCUACUCCUUCACCAUCAGGGCCUCCACCGUUAAGGGCUUUGGCCCCCCCGUCAUCACACAGUUCACCACCAAGAUCUCAGCUCCUCUGAUGCCAGCUUAUGAUCAGGAGUCUCCUCUGAACCAGACCGACUCCAGCGUCACCGUCCUCCUGAAACCGGCACAGAGUCGAGGAGCUCCCGUCAGUAAGUACCAGGUGGUGGUGGAGGAGGAGCGCCCCCGAAGGCAGAGGAGAGGCACUGCGGAGAUCCUGCGCUGUUAUCCAGUGCCCAUUCACUUCCAGAACGCCACCCUCCUAAAUUCCCAGUAUUACUUCAGCGCUGAGCUGCUGAUGAACGAGCUGAGAGCACCCAUCCCCUUCUGUGUUGGUGACAACAGGACCUACAACGGUUACUGGAAUGCUCCCCUGCUGCCCCAUAAGAGUUAUGGGAUCUACUAUCAGGCUGUCAGCACUGCUAACGGGGAAACAAAGAUCGACUGCGUUCGAGUGGCAACUAAAGCUGCGAUAAUCAUCACCCAGCUCACCACGCCGUACAUUCGCAUCGCUCCGGCAGCUGGCGACAAGCAGCUAACAGGAGCCGCGACCAGGAAACCAGAACCAGAACAGGAGAAACAGUCCGAUCACACAGUGAAGAUUGCCGGAUCCAUUGCUGGCAUCCUGCUCUUCAUCAUCAUCUUCCUCGGAGUGAUCCUUCUGAUGAAAAAAAGACGAAGAAAUUAUCACUCCUACACUUACUACCUGAAGUUGGCAAAGAAGAGAAAGGAAACUCUGAGCUCCAGACAGGAAAUGACACUGAUGGUGAACAACUCCCAGCACACAACCGUGGUGGACACACACACGCUGAAUGGGCGCACCGUGUCGUCUCCAUCCUCCUUCACCCUGAAGACAAACACCAUCAGCACUUCUGUCCCCAACUCCUACUACCCAGACCCCUUCGUACCGACGGCCAUUCUGGUGCCCAUUAAUGACGACAGUCAUACUAUGACCAGUGAAACCAGUAGCCUGGUCCAGUCCCACUACAAGCAGCGCGAGUCGGAGCGUGAGGCGUUGCCCUAUCAGACGGGACAGCUGCAUCCAGCCAUCCGAGUGGCCGACCUGCUGCAGCACAUAACCCAGAUGAAGUGUGCAGAGGGGUAUGGCUUUAAGGAGGAGUACGAGCUUAACGAGAGCUUCUUCGAGGGACAGUCCGCUCCAUGGGAUUCGGCCAAAAAAGACGAGAACCGCAUGAAGAAUCGCUAUGGCAACAUCAUCGCCUAUGAUCACUCUCGUGUGCGUCUGCAGCCUCAGGAUGGAGAUGGCGGCUCUGACUACAUCAAUGCAAACUAUGUGGAUGGCUACCACAGACCCAACCACUACAUUGCAACUCAAGGUCCCAUGCAGGAGACGGUAUACGACUUCUGGAAGAUGAUUUGGCAGGAGAACACUGCUGCCAUUGUCAUGGUAACCAACCUGGUGGAGGUGGGCAGGGUGAAGUGCUGUAAGUACUGGCCGGAUGACACAGAGAUCUAUGGUGACAUGAAGGUGACGCUGAUCGAGACGCAGCUGCUGUCAGAGUAUGUGAUCCGGACCUUCGCUGUGGAGAAGAGGGGCGUGGCCGAGAUCAGGGAGAUCCGUCAGUUUCAUUUUACUGGUUGGCCCGAUCACGGCGUCCCGCUCCACGCCACCGGGCUGCUGGGCUUCAUCCGCCGAGUCAAGACCAAGACUCCACCCACCGCUGGUCCCACGGUGGUCCACUGCAGUGCGGGGGCAGGGCGUACAGGUUGCUUCAUAGUGAUCGACAUCAUGCUGGACAUGGCAGAGAGAGAAGGUGUGGUUGACAUCUACAACUGUGUCCGAGAGCUGAGAGCACGAAGAGUCAACAUGGUCCAGACUGAGGAGCAAUAUGUCUUCAUCCAUGACGCCAUCUUGGAGGCGUGUCUCUGCGGUGACACAGCAGUUCCAGCCAAUCAACUGCGCUCGGUUUACUAUGAGAUGAACCGAUUGGAUCCUCAGACCAACUCCUGUCAGAUCAAAGAGGAGUUCAGGACCCUGAACAUGGUCACGCCCACACUGCGAGUGGAGGACUGCAGCAUCGCUCUGUUGCCUAGAAACCACGAAAAGAACCGCUGCAUGGAUGUGCUGCCUCCUGACCGCUGCCUGCCGUUCCUUAUCACCAUCGAUGGAGAGAGCUCCAACUACAUCAACGCCGCGCUCAUGGAUAGCUACAAGCAGCCAUCAGCCUUCAUCGUUACCCAGCAUCCUUUGCCCAACACAGUGAAGGAUUUCUGGCGUCUGGUCCUUGACUACCACUGUACAUCCAUAGUCAUGCUGAACGACGUGGAUCCUGCACAGCUGUGUCCUCAGUACUGGCCCGAGAACGGCCUCCAUCGACUCGGCUCUCUGCAGGUGGAGUUUGUCUCUGCAGAUCUGGAGGAGGACGUCAUUAGUCGGAUCUUCAGGAUCUACAACACAGCCAGGCCGCAGGAUGGGUACCGCAUGGUGCAGCAGUUCCAGUUCCUGGGCUGGCCCAUGUACCGAGACACGCCCGUCUCCAAGCGCUCCUUCCUCAAACUCGUCCACCAGGUGGACAAAUGGCAGGAGGAGUACGACGGUGGCGAGGGACGGACGGUGGUACACUGCCUAAAUGGCGGCGGUCGCAGCGGUGUGUUCUGCAGCAUCAGCAUCGUGUGUGAGAUGUUGCGACAGCAGCGCUGCGUCGACGUCUUUCACGCCGUGAAGACGCUCAGAAACAACAAACCAAACAUGGUGGACCUGCUGGAACAGUAUAAGUUCUGUUAUGAAGUGGCUCUCGAGUAUCUCAACUCAGCUUAGCUCUGACCAGAAGCUCCUUCAUCACCUCCUCCUGAGAGGAAGAGGAGGACGACUACUGACUGGAAGAGGAGGAGGAAGAGUUUUGGUGUCUUUUGCACUGCCUUGUUUGACUGAAGUGUCUGCGAGCAUGGACACACACUGACAGACUCAUAGCGUUUCUCACCUCGUGUCACUUUGUUGUUUUUUAUUGUUUUGUGUUGAUGAGCUGAAACUAAAGCAAACAAACCCCCUCGUUUGAUCUGUGAUCCAUCAGCGUGAUCAGAGUGCCAAUAAACUCCCCGCAGUCUGACGAUGUUCCUGCCGACGGCGAGCAGAGGUCCUCCGAUGUUAGGCCCCGCCCCCCUCCUGGAGGACAGCUGAUUACUGUUUACAUUCAGUCAGAGUCACAUGACCACGGCUGGAUGGUGCCUGAGCAGCUGCUGGUUCCAGGGACGUCAUGGACGUCCACACAGCUGUCACUGAUUACUGUGAUAAGUGAGAAAAGCUAAAAACAGCAGAUUCUGUACUGAAGACAAACGUCUUCUGGAGGCUGAAUGCGACAAACAUGAGUAGUUUUAAACAUGAGUAGUCUUCAUCUUCACCAGCAGCUAAACUGGACUGAGUAACCAGCUGCUGUUGUAGGUGAAACAGAGGCAGCCGAGAGAGACCAAACCUAGUCAGUAAUCUCAGUAUUGAUCAGUUCUGUGACCAGUCUGGAGCUCAGGAUGAUUAGCUAAUAAACUGGUUAGAAGCUUAGAAUGGAAAUUAAUGCCAACAACUUUGGUAUUUAUUCUUAUUUAUAAAAUGAAGUAAAAUGCCAAAACUUUCCAAAGGUUUCAGAAUUUCAGCUUAUCUGCACACACUGGCCACAUUUACAUGAGUUUUAAUUCUCCUUUAAUUCAGAAUGAAAGUUAAAUCCUCUUUAAAAAUGACCUUGUAAACACGUAAUUCCAAAUGAAAAUGACCAUUUUGAAUUAAACUUAAAUCCGAAGUAUGUGCCUGGUUUACUCUGCUUUUAAAUCCGAAUGGAGUAAUUCCUAGAUCAUGUUUACAUUCAUUCCACUUUAAAUUAAUUCCAGUGGUUCUGAGCAUGCUCGUUCCCUUGUCCUGUCGCCAUGACAAUACGGUACUCUGCCUCUCCUCCUCAGCUGACCAACGUCAAGCAGUCAGCUGGUGUCCAGCUGCUGCUUCAAAACCAGAAUAAAAAGCGAAUGAGGGUUUUUUUAUGUGGUUUUCCAUGUUGCAGACGAACUGAAAAGAAGCAGGAACUGGAGUUUGUUUUCUUCCAGUAGCCGUAAAUCCAUCAUGUCCGCCCCCUGUCCAGUAACAACCCUUUCCAACCCCCAGAUCUAAAGCAGAAUUGAAUAAAGGCGAUUAAACAUGUUUUCCAUGUAAACCUCAAUUUGGAAUUACUAUUUCCAUGUAAACAUGAAGGAGGAUAUUUAAUUCCAAAUGAUUUCAUUCUGAAUAAUAAAUUCCAAUUUAAAAAAAACACCAUGUAACUGUGGCCAUUGAAAAGGUUUGUGGUUCCACUCAGAGCUCCACACGUACGUUUCAGAUCCAAAGACUUGGUUCUGGUUUAGCAUUCUGGAGCAGAUUCGAUUAGUUAAAACUGCAGAGCUGAAGUCUGCCAUCUGAUGGAUUCAGGGAAGAUCUUAGGACCAGGAUAUGAGCCAUGUGGAACACCAAGAGUUAAAGAUAAUAAAAGGUCACUAAGAUACAGCCAGAGGUUCAGAACCAGAAAACCCAACAAGACGCUGAGUCUGCAAAGUCAUCAGUUAGUCUUGACUGCUUUUGGAACUCUGGGCUGGUCUGACCCGGGUUAUCAAUGACCCUGAUUUGGUCUGACUCGGGUUAUGAAAGACUAUGGAUUGGUCAGACCCUGGUUAGUUUCCCUGAUCCACUACAAGAAGCUGUCAGCUUGACGAGCCCUUUGAAGAGCUCAGGAUAAUAAAACAUUUUAACUUGUCUGUUUCCGUGACAACCAUACAAACCCAACCUGCUGAUCUGUGAUCCGGUUAAACAUGCAGGAAAACGAGUUGAGCUCGUUUUGGUUUUUAUUUAGUGUAUUUCCACAGAGGAUCAUGACCCCAGGUGUUGUUCAGAGCCACCGUCCAUCCAUCUCUCCAUCUUCUUCUGUGGUGUUAGUUUGUCACUGAUGCACACUAACAAGCCAGGGACGUGGCACCAGGACAGUUUGGUUUGGAUGCUGGUCCCCUUCAGGCUGUGCUGUCUGCUCGGUGGUUUAGUUUCAGACAGUGAUGGAGACGAGAUGUUAAUACUGUACAUAGAUGAAGAGGAAGCAGGAAGAAUAUUUAUUCCUUCAGAUGUUGUCGGUGUCGUCAUCGUUGUUCUUGUGAAGCACACAGAGAGAGACAAUCAUGUCAGAUGAUUUAAUGUUCCACCAACAGAACCACAGUGAGACCAGUUGUGCCAGUAACCCUGUAGACACGUGGCUCUGGUCUAACUCUGGUGAUGAGUGGUUGGGGUUUUGACUGAACCUUGCUGAUGUGGUGCUGAUGAGAACAUUAUUGUAAUGAAAGCUUUUAUUUAUGUUGUAUGAUUAAAAAAAGAUACUGCAAAUAAAAAUCUGUAUACACCUUCA